UGCAACAACACUUCCCUCCAGCUCGUGCGCCACGUCAUCGCCGCGAUGGGCUGGCGGGAGGUGGAGAAGGAGGCGGACGCUCGCUUCAUCUGGCUCGAUCCCUCGCACGGCAGUCGCGCUGACCUGCUUGCGAGGGCUUGCAGGAAGCAGCGAGUGAACUUCCUGCCGGGCAUGAAGGAGAUGUGCAACAAGCGCCCGCUCUACCGCCUGCUCAACCGCAUGAAGGCGUCGGCGUCGGAGGAAGACUUCUUCUUCUUCCCCAAGACGUGGGUCCUGCCAGAGGACUGGGAGCGGCUAGACGAGGAGCUGAGGCAGAAGAAGCCCAAGACCUUCAUCGUGAAGCCUGACGGGGGCGCUCAAGGCACUGGCAUCUUCCUCAUGCGGACUGGGUACGAGAACAAGCUGCUCAGGAGCGAUCGGUACAUCGUUCAGCGGUACGUGCACCGGCCGCUGCUGCUGGACGGGUUCAAGUUCGACAUGCGACUCUACGUGCUGGUAACCUCCGUUGACCCUCUGCGCUGCUUCCUCCACUCCGACGGGCUCGCGCGGUUCUGCACCAAGAAGUACGUAGCGCCGAGCAAGAAGAACCUGGAGGAGACGAUGAUGCACCUGACCAACUACUCGCUCAACAAGCACAACUCCGAAGGCUUCAUCCGCAACGACGAGGAGGAGGGCAGCAAGCGCUCGCUCUCCGUCAUGUGGGAGCAGGUAAGGGCGAUGGGUCACGACACGUCCAAGGCAUGGGAGAGCAUCCGGGAGCUGUGCAGGAGGACGAUGCUGACCAAACUCCCUCACCUCUGGUUCCAGUAUCACUCCACCGUCACCACCGACACCGGCCCGAGCAUGGCGUUCCAGAUCAUCGGGGUGGACGUGCUGCUGGACCAUGAGCUGAGGCCUUGGCUGCUGGAGACCAACAACGGGCCGAGCUUCAACAUGGACGAGGAGGUGGACCGAGACAUCAAGUGCCGGCUGGUCGAGGAGGCGCUUACGAUGGUC